AUAUUUUUGGAAUCUAGUUUUUGAUUGUAUUUUAAAGAAAACAACAACAACAGCAACAACAUGUAUCCAUUUGGUUCCGGCAUGCCACAACCACAUCCUCCCACAUCAACGCCUGGUUACAAUCCACAACCGGGUAUGUCAGCCGGUGUACCAUUCGGUGCGGGUUGGGUGGCGCCCACCCAACACCCACAUCAACAACAACAACAGCAGCAGCAACCGACAAAUUCUCAUUAUCCAUCUGCCGCCACACAUCAUGCUCCCUAUCCCACAAAUAAUGCACCUUAUCCUCCCACUAACCCAGCACCAUACCCUACGACUAACACAGCACCCUAUCCCACGGCUGGACCCUAUCCUCAUGCAUCACCUUAUCCCAGCAACAAUGGACAUCAGCCGUCACCCUAUCCGGGAUCCUCAUAUCCUCACAAUCCCCAUCAAACACCCUAUCCCACAUCGACAGGUUCACCAGCUCAUUAUCACAAUCCAUCAUACGGACAGGCACCACCCACACACCCCACAUCAUACAAUCCCAAUCAUGGCUAUACACCGGUUCGUACCUCAAUGGGAUUAGAAUCGCCGGCUGGCAAUAUCCAACACUGUUUCGAAGAGUUGGCCCAGAGGCAAGGCCAUCCCAUACAACAUCACUACUCCACUGCUCCACGGAGAGAGGGAACCCCAACUGUAUUCCCAGCCCAAAACUUUGAUCCCGUCAAGGAUGCCCAUGACUUACGCAAGGCCAUGAAAGGCUUUGGCACCGAUGAGGAUGCCCUUAUCAACAUCAUUUGCCGUCGUUCCAAUGAACAGAGACAGGAAAUCCAACGUCAGUAUAAAACCCACUUUGGCAAAGAUCUUAUUGAGGACAUUCGCUCCGAGACAAGCGGAAAUUUCGAAAAACUGUUGGUUGGCCUUUUGCGUCCCAUUGUCGAUUACUAUUGUCAUGAGCUGAACGAUGCCAUGGCUGGCAUUGGCACUGAUGAAGAUGUGCUCAUUGAAAUUUUAUGUACUCUAUCGAAUCAUGAGAUUCACACGAUUAAAAAUCAAUAUUUAAGAUUAUAUGGUGCCCAUUUGGAAUCGGAAUUGAAAUCCGAAACAUCGGGAAAUUUCAAACGUCUCUUGGUCUCGCUGUGCACUGCGGCCCGCGAUGAAAGCGGUCAUGUUGACCGUGCUGCUGCCCAGAGUGAUGCCCGUGAAUUGCUCAAGGCUGGUGAGUUGCGUGUCGGCACCGAUGAGAGCAUGUUCAAUAUGAUUUUGUGCCAACGUAACUAUCAACAAUUGAAAUUGAUUUUCCAAGAGUAUGAAACAAUGACCGGUCACUCGCUGGAGAAGGCAAUUAAAAAGGAAUUCUCCGGUGAUAUAAUGGAAGGCCUAAUUGCCAUUUGUCGUUGUGUCAACAACAAGGCUGAAUAUUUUGCCUCACGUCUACACAAGAGUAUGGCUGGCAUUGGGACCAAUGACAAGCAGUUGAUACGUGUGAUUAUCACCCGGUGUGAGAUCGAUAUGGCCGAUAUUAAGGCUGCCUUUGAGCGUAUGUACGGCAAGAGUCUAAAGAGCUGGAUUAAGGGUGACACAUCGGGUCACUACAAACAUGCCCUGUAUGCCUUGGUGGGCGAACAACGUUCAAAUUCUUAAAACCUGAAAUGGAGUAAUGUUAUACGAAAUAUAUUUUUUUUAAGGGAAGAAGUCCAUUUUGAAAGGGAGAGAAAGAAUAAAAUGAUAUUUUAAUGUUGACAUUAAUCACAAUCGAAUAUUU